CUCUAAACCACAGGUGUUUCCUUAAAUGUUGGAUCGUCCUACGAUGAAAAACCUUACAGCUAAAAAUUUCAGAAGUGGGAUUACGAAGUACGUGUCCUUGAGUUAAAAUUAAAAAAAAUAAAGAAAGUAAUUAGAGUAUAGAUAUAUAUAUAUGCCUGUGAUCACUCGGAGUCGAGGAGCCGGUUCUGGGGAUAGUUCGGCGCCAAUGGAUCGACGACAGUUAGAUGAGCUGACAAUGGAACAGCUCAAAGAAGAAGCUGCGAGAUUGCAUCUACCGACCGCAGGCACUCAAAAUGAUCUGAUUGACGCAAUUAUCACAAGAAUAGAAAGAAAUUCGCUGAUUGAAACAUCGGAUUUGACUGAUCGGACGCUCAUGUCGCAACCAGGGAUAUUAUGUUCCUCUGCACCAUCUGUCAUAUAAAGGGAGAUGGAUCAACCGGUACAAGCGGAUGAUGGUCUAAAUCUGGUGGUGGAUUAAAUCAGAAUAAUAUAACAAAUAAUGUGUGUCCGCCGAUGUUGGGAUCCAUUUCGCCCGCUAACGCAGUCUCGUUAUUGGAAACGCAAAUUCCAGAGUUCGGCACGAGCGAGAGCGAAAAUGUUCAAGUAUGGGUGCAGCGGGUGGAUCAGAUUACGCGGAUACAUGGUGCGUCUGAUAAUCUUUCUAGCAGCAAGCGGCAAAUUAACUAAGUUAGCUCGAAAUGGUAUGAUGCGCAAUUAGGUCGAGCGAAUCUCGAUCAGGAUUUAAGUCGGAAAUUGUAGGCAUGAUCGCGGAAGUUCGUUCUUUGCAAUUAUGAAGCAAGUGGAAGCGCGCAGGUGGAUUUCAGUCAAGGAAACAUUUAAUCAAUAUGCGGUAGAGAAACUCGCGAUAAUGAGUCGGCUAAAUAUAUCGGAAACAGACAAAAUAAAUUUGUUAAUAGGAGGUGUCUUCCAGACUUCAAUCCGAGCGUCUGCUUUAUCGUUAGGGCCAAUGCCGAUAAAUCAGUUUUUAGAUAGAAUGCGUUAUGUCACCGAAGGUGUAUUACAGCUGGAGAAAAGACUAUUAGAUAAGAACCGCGAUAAUAGUCAAAAAGAUAAAUGUAAAAACUGCGGAAAAAUUGGCCAUACGCAUAUACAUUGUAGAGAUCCAGUAGUUACGUGUUUCUACUGCAAAAAGAAGGAUCAUAGGAAGGAUGAGUGUUCGUAUCUUCAAAAUAUAAAUCCACAACGAUUCGUACCGAAUGAUGACAAAUACAACACCAAAUACAGUAGCGCAGGUAGACUCAGUAGCAUCGGUGGAAAAGGAUUCGACUAUAAGAAAUUCUAGGUUUGACGAAAGUAAAGUUACAAGCAAAGGAGUUACCAAGUAAUAUUUUCGAAGUUGACUUUCAUGUGAUCCCGGAAAUUGCGUUUAAGACGAUGCUGCUAGGCUCGUUUUCGUAGAAUACUCUUUUCUUCUAAUUGCAUGCAUAAAACUGCAAAUGCUUUUACAGAGUGAAAGUAUAAGCGAUAACGAAUGCCGCAUACUAAAAAGUUGCAUCGAAAUCAACAAAAAAUUUUGUAUUUACUAUUGAAAAUGCGAUGCAGGUGUCAUAUUUAGUUUCAUGUGACAAAUUUAGAGCUCAUACGCUUUAAAUACAUAGUA